CCUGAGGUGGGAGGCGGCACCCGUGGCUGAGAAGGAGGCCUGAGAGCGACAUGUCCCCGGCGGCUGAGGCAGAGCGGCCCGUGGCACUGUUUUACUGAGUCGGGGGCGGCCUGGCGGCCGGCCAAAGACGAAGGUCGGCGGGGGCUGCCCCCGCAGUGGUGGCGGCCAUGCUGGGGCCCCGGGUGGUUGAAGGAGCCGCUGUGGCGCUUCUGCGACUGCUGCUGUUGAUGCUCUUGCCGUCGCUCGGGGAGCCGGGACUCGGCGUGGCCGGCGUGGUUGGGGCCGGGUUGCCGGAGAGCGUCAUUUGGGCGGUCAACGCGGGCGGUGAGGCUCAUGUGGACGUACACGGGAUCCACUUCCGCAAGGACCCUUUGGAAGGCCGGGUGGGCCGAGCCUCAGACUAUGGCAUGAAGCUGCCAAUUUUGCGUUCCAACCCAGAGGACCAGAUCCUAUAUCAGACAGAGCGGUACAAUGAAGAGACCUUUGGCUAUGAAGUGCCCAUCAAGGAGGAGGGGGACUAUGUGCUGGUGUUGAAAUUUGCUGAGGUCUACUUUGCACAGUCCCAGCAGAAGGUAUUUGAUGUACGAUUAAAUGGCCACGUCGUGGUGAAGGAUUUGGAUAUCUUUGAUCGUGUUGGACACAGCACAGCUCACGAUGAAAUCAUCCCCAUGAGCAUCAGAAAGGGGAAACUGAGUGUACAGGGGGAGGUGUCCACUUUCACAGGGAAACUCUACAUUGAGUUUGUUAAGGGGUAUUAUGACAAUCCCAAAGUCUGUGCACUCUACAUCAUGGCUGGAACAGUGGAUGAUGUACCAAAGCUGCAGCCUCAUCCAGGAUUGGAGAAGAAAGAAGAGGAAGAAGAAGAAGAAGAAUAUGAUGAAGGGUCUAAUCUCAAAAGACAGACCAAUAAGAACCGGGUGCAGUCUGGCCCCCGCACACCCAACCCCUAUGCCUCGGACAACAGCAGCCUCAUGUUUCCCAUCCUGGUGGCCUUUGGAGUCUUCAUUCCAACCCUCUUCUGCCUCUGCCGGUUGUGAGAACAAGUGGCCAUCCUGAGCAGGGUGGAGGGGAGUGGGAAACCAAACAUGUUGAUUUUGGUUUCUGUAUUUUUCAUAAUGAUAUAAAAACAAAAAACAAAAUGAAACAAACCCAACCAACAAACAAAGCCCACACACACAAAAAGUAAAGGUGAUAAAAAGAGGCAGAGUGAGUGGAGAGCAGCCCUCAUCCACUAUCUGGUCCCAGGCCUGCUUCAGUCCCAGUCCUCUCUUUGUGGCUGGCCCCAGCUGUUGCUUUCCUUUCUGGGGUUUUUAGGUAAAAGGGUCCUUCCUGUCCAGGAUCCUCAUUUGUAUACCUAGGGAAAAGGACUCUGAACUCAGAGCAGUUAUGGUUCUUUUUUUAGGUUAGAAAUUAACAAUAGGGAAACAUCAUCUUAUUACCUGAGAAGACCAGCACUGGGAGUUGGGUAUGUUCUGAAGUCAUGUCCACAUAAGUUUUCAGAUGUCUUGGGAUUGAAAAAAUGUGUGUGAAGGUAUAUAAAUCAGAUGGUAAAGGCAAAGAAAGGGGAAUGACAAAGAAAGCAGAGUAAAUGCUUCCUUAUUUGGAAGCCUUUCUGGAUUAAUCCAAUGAUGGUUCCUUCUCAAAUAUUUGAGUUUGUCAUCCCCGACAUGUGCCAGUUAGAGGACUGUCUGGUAUCCAAGACAAUUAGUUUAUGUCAGGUCCUCAAAUUGCCUCUGACUUGUCACCACAGCAAAUCAUUUUGAUUUCAGUGCCUGUUGGGGACUUGAUUUCUUAACUUUUUCCCUUAAUCUGACUCAUUUGAAAUCUCUUUUUCCUCUCAACCAUCCCACUAAAUUAUUGCCAAGAAGGGAAGGAGACAGGGGGAUUCCUGUGCAUGUCUGUCUUAUCUUCUACCACCUCACCUUGUUGGUACCUUCCUCCCUGGAUCUCUGAGCCAGCAGCAAGGAGGACCUGACCCAGCAGUUCUUUACUGGCCCCUUUGUAGGGCCUUGCUGCCAGGGGACAGGGAUGCUUUCCAGCCUGCAGCAACAGGACACUUGACCUUAAAAGUCUCUUCUGGUCUUUGGAUUAGAAAAGGCUUAUGUUAGCAUAACUUAAGAGCAUCCUCAGAGACUUGAGCCCUACUAAGUGACUGACCACUGUUUAGAGUGUCUAGUAUCUUAUGUUCAUUUAUCGCCAUGUCCUCUGCCCAGGGCUGCCCCAGUGAACUAGACUCAUUGACUAUAUUGGCCCAGUGAUUUUUCUCAUUGAUCUUAAUAUUAUGCCCCAUCUUUUCAUUUCCCUAUCCAAGUUGCAGCCAGGUUCUUGGUGUGAUGGGGCUGAAAGAGUCCCAGUCAGCCUUAGUCCUGGCAUCUCUGAGACUAACCUUAGCAUCUAGGUGUCUGUCUGGAAUUCCCUAGAAAAAUGUCUGCAGAAGAUGAAAUUUCCCUUUUCCCCUCCUUUCUGAUCACUGUCAUUCAUUUCUCUGUUAGGGCAACAAUGAGGGAGGACCCAACCAAGCUAAAAGAGAUUUUGUGGGUGGGCAGGAGCAGGAUUAACUUCAGUUUAAGCUGGAGCAGUAUAGAAUCUCAGGCCAGGCCCAUCUUUCUAGAAUGUGUUUGAUUUUGAGUUUGCCUUACUAGAUGUUGUUUAAGAGUUUUAUAUAUUUGAACUGUUCCUUAUGUGACAAAAGUAAGUGGUUCUUGGGCUCCUGUCCUGACUUUGGCUUUUAAUGAUUACUCCAGGCCAGCAUUUAGUCAUUUGAGAAUUGUAGCCUUUUAUUUUCAUGGUGACUUGGGCCUCAGUCCUAGGGUACUGAGUCAGGCAGCUGAAUGACUAUGGCCUGAGGCUGCAAUUGGAGGAGCACAGAGGUCUUGGAGCGCUCCUGAAGCCCCCUUCUAAAGGUUGAGGUACUGUUGGGGGACCAACUGCCUGGGCAGUGGACGUCCUGACUGGGCUUCUGACAGUGGUGUUGGUUUCUGUUCUCUCACAACUCCCAAAGGUGUGAGCCACUGCCAGUUGAUGAGACAAGAUGAAGGAGGACUCAUUGCCUCCAUUUUGCCUUGUUUGUUAGUUUGCCUGGGUCUCUGAGGAAGGAGGGGUCCUGCCCCGUCACCUCAGCCCAUCUCUUCAGUGACUCAUUGUCUCAGAAGGAAACCCUGACUCCUGGGGCCAUUUCCUAAUGGUACUGUAAGCCAAGCAGCUUUGCUUCUGCCUGUUUCCAAACCCACUCCUUCCCCCAGGGACAGAAUGGGUGCUUUCCUCUCUAGUUGUAUCCAAAAGGAAGGAACAUCUUUCUUUGGCUGACACAACUAAAGGGGAAGUGAGGAAACGGGGAGAAUUAUGGUGGGUGCUGGGAUAGACUCCCCUGAAACCAAGCCCACCCAGCUGAAAGAGCUGCCCAGGGCUAGCGUUAGCUAGCUGGCUCAUGUUGCUGAACUUGAAAGCUUUUUUUUUUU